GGAAGAUUUCCAUUACAUAAAAAAAAAUACCCAAGUGAAACGAAAAAUAUCUAAUCAACUGACAAAAGUGUAAUUUUAACCCUUUUUCUCGAAUCCAAGUACAUAAAAACAUCAACAUUAUGUUUUUUAUGUAUUUAAAAGCAUCUAGCAAUUAUUUUUUCUCAAUUACCGGCUCAAUACAAUUGAAUAGUGAGAUUAUUAGAAAAUAAAAAUCUUGACGCCAUUUGGGAUUUUCUUUGCUCGAGAUUGCAAAACGAAUAUCUCAUCGUCUUCGCCUCAUACUGUAGUGUGAAAGAAAAAAAGAAACAAAGCAACAAUAGACGGACGCGCGCCAUUUUGUAUUUUGGAUGAACGAACGAAGGAGAACACGAAACUAUCCGCGGCAAACAGUCGAUUCAGUGUUAUUUUUCUUUUAAUUGUGUUGGCUAAUCAAAAUUAAUUGAUAAUUUAAUUUGUGAUGCGAAACACUUGAUUAGAAUUCAACAAAUCAGCUAAUUGCUAAAGCAUACCUCUUUUUCUAUGUGAAAAUUGUGAAAUAAUAAGAAAAGUGAAUUAGAAGAAAAUCCCAGAGCCAGAGUUUGUGGACGGUGUCCCCCUCGAAUCCAUUGCGCCCAUCAACGACGAAUCAAAUCAGUCUUUCUCCCUUUGUCCUACACAAGUCUUAAUAGAUAUUUUUAUUUUUCAUAUUUUGUGCUUACAUAUUAUUAUUUUUAUUUUCUACUCACUGCCUUUGUUUCUUUUUCUCGUGUGUGCAAAGUGAGUUGUAAAUGAAUGACGUCAUUGAAAGGAAUUCAAGGUCUUUAAGAAGUUCCUUAAUCGGAUUUCGGUUGGAAAUAUUGAAUUUAUAUCACGCGAAUUUGUUUCCCCUUUGUUCCUUCGUACCUAUGCACAUCAUCCCCUUACCCAUUGAAUGGGCUAAAAUAGUGUGAAAAAAAGUGUGCGGUGAGUGCAAAUAACUCGAAAAUUUAAACACAAACAAAUGUCGUCAGUGGAAGUGGAAAGGGAAGUGGUGUAGAUCAGAUCAGCUCGGCGCAUGCAGCAGGGAGGCAGCAGAAUAGAAAAAUUUUGUUCUGAACUUUGAGAACCACGCAUCACUUUGAAGAGCCACAGCAGAAGAAGAAGGACCACUCGAAUCCAAUAGACGAGAGCGCAGUCAUCGGCAUCGUCGCCAACACCGCCACUGCCAUCGCCGCCACCACAACCGGAGUGGGCAGCAGCAGUAGCAGCACCGACCAUGUCCGUGCAGCAAUUCUGCUUGCGGUGGAACAAUCACCAACCGAAUUUUAUUUCGGUCUGUUCCGCGCUGCUGCAUAAUGGGACUUUGGUGGAUGUAACCCUUGCGGCUGAAGGACGUCAGUUACAGGCGCACAAAAUUGUCUUGUCCGCAUGCAGCUCGUACUUCCAGACACUUUUUACAACGAAUCCAUGUCAACAUCCAAUAGUCAUACUGAAGGACGUCCAAUACGACGAUCUUAAAACAAUGGUAGAUUUUAUGUACUACGGCGAGGUGAAUGUGUCGCAAGAGCAACUGCCGCAUAUUCUUAAAACGGCUGAAAUGCUUAAAAUCAAAGGAUUAGCCGAAAUGCCUACCGAUGCGGCGACUCUUACAAAAUCCGAUAGUAAAUCGUCUACCGACCAGCCCGAACAACUGCAGAGCAGUGGGACAGAUUCGUUGUGGGGUAGUUCGGAGUCGCAAUUUCAGCAGCAACAACAACAACAGCAGCAGCAACAACAACAAACACAACCCCAUCAUCAUCACCAUCAUCAUCAGCAAAGUCAAACGCAGCAAAUACACCAACUUAGAAGAUCACCAUCGCCGCUUGGCACUGGUACCUCGCCAGCCACAAGAAGGAAACGGCUUAGAAAGUCUUCAAAUAAUGGUUCCGGUGAUCGAAUAACAGAUGAUCAUACUACAGUUGACGCUGGAGGUAAUAUCAAUCUUACCCAAAUGGGUCAAAUGUCUUUUGGUGGUAAUUCAACUGGUCUAGGACACACUUUACAUACAAAAAUUAUAAAGGAGUCAACAAGUGUUGAUGUUGAUAGUCAUCAGCAAGACUCUUCCCCCGAUAGCUUAGAUGAUGGUAAUGGCCAUCCUCAUACUAUGCAAAUCAAACCCGAAACGGAUUUGAGUGUUCCACAGACCCUACCCUUGGAUAUUUCUGGAGGUACAACUCCUUCCGAGCAUGAUGGUCCAAACGCCACAUGCUCACAGUCAUCGCAUUCAGGUCUGCAAUGGACGGUCGUUGAUUCAAAUUAUUCCCGAUUUUCGCUGUCGUCAUGUCAGCCCAAUUUAAUUGGUAAUGGCAACACAAAUAAUCCAAACGGCGGAUUGAGUAAUCAAUCGACUAAUACCAACAAUAACCCGAGCAAUAGUGGAAAUCCAAACACCACGGAUCAUCAGCAGCAACAGCAACAACAACAGCAGCAGCAACAACAACAACAACAACAGCAGCAGCAACAACAACAACAGCAACAACAGCAGCAGCAACAACAACAACAGCAUCGACAACAGCAACAAAACACAAACAAUUCAAAUGGCAACAAUUCUAGUGCAACCAGCGGCCUGAACCACACCCAACAACAACCGCAGCACGGCCACAUCCAGAUGCAUUACACAAACUCCUCAUACUCGCCACAGAUAAUUUCCGUCAAUAGUCUGGUGGGCAGCUACUCGCAAAACCUAUCGACGCCAACGUCGCCAAAUGAGUCGGCAAUGGUGCAAUCGGUGUACAGUCAGGGACCGACACCAACCCAAUCGCCAGUCCAUCAGAUGAACGCAGUUCCUUCGGGACUGACGACGACAAGCGCUGCAAGUAACACCGGCUCUGGCAGUGGUGCAGCUAAUAGUGCCAAUAAUACUAACACCGGCAACGGUGGAACUUUGACCACUAGUGUGGUUAACACAGCCGGAAACAGCGGGACGGGUGUAGUCAACAGUAGCCAAGUCCAGUCGGGCAACCAAACCACACAAACAUCUAUUGUAGUUAAGCGCAAGCGCUCUGUAAAUCCCCAAGGUGAUGAGAAUUUUAUUCGAGCACUAGAAGCGGUGCGAUCGGGUGGAAUUGGCUUUUGUAAGGCUGCCCGUCUGUACGGUGUGAAUAACCGAACCCUAUGGUUAGAGUACAAGAAGCGAGGGUAUCCAAUUAGUCGGCCGAGCAUAAAGAGUCGGGUAGUGAAGCAGGAAAAUCUGUCGCCUUCGCCGACACCCACCAACGAGGAAACAACGAUCGAGAAUUAUGAGCACAUCAACCAGUCAGCUAUUAACAUGCAAGUUCCUCCCACAUCGGAUACGCCUACGCCGCUCAUGUGCACCCCGCACACUCAUCCCAUGGGCGUGAUGGGCUUCCUCGACACCCGGCACAUGGACUUCCCAACCAGUAUACACACAAUGUCUCGACAGCGCUACGUCGAUAGCGGUGUGAACGUUAAUCCUUCCGCAAUGAAUCUGCAAAGUAUUAACUUCAAUUCCAUUUAGGAUGACUAAGAACAAAAAGAACUCUAGAGACGUUUUAUAGCCGAUAUAAAAUUUAAAUAACGGUUAUUCAUAAAUGAAAAACCAAGUCCACACAAUGUACAGUCUAGUUGUUGUUUUUUUUCAUACAAUUUCAGUUUUAUUUCUGAUUUAAUUUGUCUGAUGGUUAAAUACACAUAUCUUGUAUCUAAAAAAAAAAAAAAAGUCUCCAAAUCAAGCCCUUCCACCUAUUGGCAGAACGGUUAGGAGAAUAACAAAAUCGAAAUACAUAUUGUUAUAAGUCCACAAAUAGUCAAUUUUUACAAAUUAAAAACGUGCAGCUACUUCUGCCAAUAGAAAUAUAUAUAAACCAAAUUCCAAACUAAACAACAAAAAAAAAACUCCUCAAGACCAUCGAUCUUAAGUUUUUAUUAUAUUUUUGUUGAUUUUUUAAUUUCAAAUCUAACUUCAAAGUCUCAUUUUCUACAAAAUGUAUAUCUUACUCAAUAAAAUCUUUAUAAAUUUAUUUUUUUUUAACCAAACAAAAAAUUGAAAACAACAGUUGCAUAUUCGUACUUAUUAGGAGUUUUUUUUAAGCUAGUUUAAGAUAAUAUUUUAAAUAUUAAAAAUAAAAUUAUAUAUAUUAUUAUAUAGAUUCAGCCUACUCUUAAAAUUCUUUACGUUAUGAAUAAUGCAAGAAAGUGCAAAAUAAAUUAAAACAAAACAAAAAAAACAAAGAAAUUUUAAAACAAUAAGAUCACAUUUUUGUGUGUUUUUAAGUUGAUUAUUAUAUUAUAUAUGUAUGAACAAAUAAAACAAACAAAAACAUUUAUUAAUAACAAAGAAAUAAAUAAUUAAUAAAUAAAAAACACUACUUUUUACAAUCCUAAUUAUAAAGUCCUAUAAAAAUAAAUUUAAUAAAACUAUAUAUAAAUGUGAACAAAACAUAAUAAACACAAACAAAAAACAAUACUAGAUUUAGAAAUAGAUUCUUUUGCUCUUUCACAUAAUGUUACUUCAAAAAUAAACAAGAAAAACAAUGUCUCGUGAAAUAAAAUAAAGUGAAAAUAAACAUUCGAAGGAAAAACACAGAAUACAUAUUAUGAUGAAAAGCAAAAGAAUACAUUUAUGAAAACGCAUAAUAAAUUAUUGUAAUUUUCAAUGUUUAAAAACAAAAUAUAUAUAUAUAUAU